UGGUCCGUGAACUCGGUUUACUAACUCAUCCAAUUUUGACGCCUAAAGAUAUAUUUUCUUCUUCUCCUAACAUUCCUCUGAACGCUCUGGACUUGGUUCCUCCUGGAUAGUUACCCCCUGUCGAUAACCGUACUCAGGGUCGUCGCGACUCGCAAGCUUGUUCCGGCUAUUCUCAUUGAAGCGGAAAGCUGGCUGCUGCCGUCCCUCUUACCCACUCACUCCUGCGGUCUUGCCCCUCCACUUCUUCUUUCAUUAUUAUUCCUCUAUCAUAUAAUCAACUGUGUGGUGGUCACGCGCAGUAGUGUCUCGAACCGUCUGUCCUUCAGUUUAUCCCUACAUCACAUCCUCUGGGCUGAGAAUGUUGAUUUUGGUCAUCUCGAGCUAGAUGUACAGUGUCCCGGCGACUAUGCUAUCUGGGAUAUAACUCUAGAUUCGUGAUCCUGCUCCAAUUCUCCUCGUCUCUUGGUGCUCGUUCUCCUUUCUUUUUUUUAUUGAUUCAUUCCAGCUUCUGCUUCCUUGUGUUUAGUGCCUUCGGCUAUGGUCGAUCAUUCAAUGAGGAAUAAUCUUCGUCCCCUUGCCCCGAAGGGCCCGGAUACUGAAGCUCGGCCGACAAGUCGCUCGCCGGAAGAGACUCGGACGAAGCGAGCCUCGACCGCAUGCGGGGAAUGCAAGCUGCGGCGGACAAAGUGCACCGUCGAUGAUUCUGGUGGUCCUUGCACUGAAUGUGCGCUCCACAACCGGGAGUGCAUAAUUGAUGAGUUGGCAGACAGGCGUCGAAAGAUUGCAGCCAAAGAAACUGAGGAGAAUCUUAGAAGGACCCAGAUGGAGCUCCAGGCCACUCGGAGGGAGUUGGAAUACUACCGGUCAUACGUCAAUUACCUCCUCACUUCGAUUCGAAGUUGCCAAGAAGGGGAUCUCAGCAAGAUUGUCAAAGUUAUUCGGCGCGGGACAUCAGACGAGGAGAUCCUCUCUUAUCUAUCCCAAAUUGUGCCUGUCUUCCCGCCGUUCGACCCUCGAACUUCCCGUGGAUCGGACCUCAUGGACGGCGAAAAUGGUCUGACCCCUGGGCGCAGAGCUCCCGGACCUGCAUAUCGAUGAUAUUCCCGAACUAAAAUCAACAUCCGCGACGCUGGGAUCGUGAAACACGGAGAGAUCCCAUCUUUGGCGACGCAACCAUCCUCAAGCUCCUGGCUGUUGGGACGUCUUCGGACGUUAUAUGGACUCUCAGCUGGCGAGGUAAACAGCUUCCUGGUAUGGAGGCAUCGAUUGCUUCGUGAAUUGAGGGCUGGCACAGCUGCUCAACUGCCCUCCUAGCACAGCUUUUCGGUUUUGCAAGUGUCGACUAAUGUUAUCUCCAUAUGUUCGGCGUCAACGAACCGAAAUACGAUACGAACGCCGCGCAAAAAGUAAUGAGCAUACCGCUUAAAGAACGAGUACAAAGGAUCAAAAGAGAAGGAACUGCCCUCAUACCAUAAUCCUCGAGCUCUUCUAGAUUCCUUUUGCAUUGCAUGACCUUCUGCAAUCCUCUUUGUUCUCAGCCAUCAUGCUACGUUGCUAUCUUUGUCUUGUCCUGUACAUAGUUCAGGUUUCGGUUCCCCA